UAGUCUGGUAGAGGCUAAAAAAGGCCCCAGAGAGCCUGCUAUGGAGGCUAACUAUGUGUGUUCAUCCCUCAAUCAGUGGGAGCGUUCUGGGUGUUCUAUUUCGAUACAUUCCCAACAUGCCUCCACUCGUUCCGCGUGGUCCUUUUGCUCCCAUUCGUGAGCUUGUUAAACAAUUUGACUGUAUAAACGUGGUUUGUUAUCGCGACGCGUGAGAGCUUUAAUACCUGCCUUUGCCAGCGGCACAUUUUUAUCAGAAGUAACGGCGAAUUUAUCCUUAAAGGUCACGGGCCAAUCUGUUCCCCGGUUCAGUUGACCAGAAAGGCAAUCUUGUGGAUGGGUUUCUUCGGUAACUCCCGACCUGAUGUUGGCAUCGCUUAUCUGUCAUCACCCAACGUAGCAGUAAAGCGAUUUAGAUCCGAGGCUAAAUUAAGCAACACACGCCCGUCGUUAUCUCUGCAAACUAAAAGGGUCCCCAUGGAUAGCCACAUUCAUGGCAAAAACAACUGCUGAGGAGCCAUAACACUGAACCGACAUCCUACAUACUACAUAAUAGUAUAUUCUAAACGUUAAACAACAUCGUAUUUCAUCCUGCCACGCUAAGCUCUAUUUUCAGACAAAGAAAAGGGAGAAGAACACGCAAUGAGACAUCAUGACUAGUAUAGCAUUUGUACAAAGGGCAGGGGCGACGUGACCCAGAAUAGUAACGUCAUGUCGUAAGCCAUGGACAUGAAUUUCGGCCCAAGAUUUUUGGAAGGAAACCGGUCGGUCUGCCCUCGCGGGUAUCCAUUACGUAGACUGGACACCGGGGUAUGUGCAAAGUAUGUAAAACACUGCUGUAUUUAUAACUCAGGAGCACCAGUCGACAGAAGGCCAUAGGAAGAGCACCACUUCUCGAAGUACCGGGACUCUAACGCUUGUGCUUGGUGACUUUUCCUGAAACCACAAUGGAGUCAGCAUGGAUACUCGGAGCAUAUACAGCGUCGGGCGAGCUCGCCACCCCUCGGACCCAACGCAGAAUGUUGUUUGGAAUGGUGCAGCGCCAACAAUACCGAUGGAGGGAAUUCGAUCGGGACAUGACUGCAGACCGUGCUCGGGCAGCCCUCGCUCAUCUCCGCAGAAGAGUGGUGAUCAACGUGGCAGGACUCAGAUUCGAGUUGGAACCCGAGACUCUGGCGAGGUUUCCCAACACCUUACUUGGAAGUUCGGAGAACAGGAAGAAAUUCUACGAUCCAUACAGAGACGAGUACUUUUUUGAUCGACACCGUCCAAGCGCAGAAGCAAUUAUUGCGUUUUAUCAGACGGGAGGGCGUCUGGAUCGCCCGGAUGAGGUACCAGUAGACGUCUUCACUGAUGAGCUCAAGUUCUUCAAGUUGGGGGACGAUGUCAUCCAAAGAUAUCGAGAAAAAGAGGGGUUCCACAGGGUAGCUGAGCAACCUUUGCCGAGAAGCAAACUUGUAAAAGACCUGUGGGUUUUAGCGACGAAGCCUAGAAGUUCGCACUGGGCUAUGCUGUUCGCUUUCUUUUCCGUGUUUGCGAUUCUACUGUCCGUUGCUGCGGUUUGCGCUGAAACCCUGCCUAUGAUGCAAUACUCCCGUAAUGAGAAAUCUCCAUUCGUGGACCCUUAUUUUCUUAUCGAGACCGUCUGCACUGGUUGGUUUGUUUUGGAAUUAUUGUUGCGGGUUCUGACAUGUCCGAACAGGAAACGGUACUUCAAAAGUACGCUGAACAUAUACGACAUGAUCGCAGUGACUCCCUGGUUCAUCACUAUUGUCACCAUGAUGGUGGAGCCGAUGUACAUGUACGCCGGCUGGGCCAUGCGUGUCACCCGUCUGCUUCGCGCCACUCGUGCCCUCAAACUGGCCCGGUACUCUCGCGGCCUUCGUAUGAUCGGUCUGGCCCUGACUGCAAGCUUACCCGACAUCGGAAUGCUCGGGGUUUUCAUGGGCAUAUGUAUCAUCUUAUUCUCCUCCGCCAUUUUCUUCAUCGAGUUUGGAUAUGAGUCUACCCACUUUGAGAGCAUCCCUGACGGGUUUUGGUGGGCUCUCAUUACCAUGGUAACAGUCGGAUAUGGAGACCACUACCCUACCACCGGUGGAGGGAAGUUUCUGGGGAGCAUCUGUGCUCUGGCAGGUAUCCUGACCAUAGCUCUACCUGUUCCCGUCAUCGUUACCAAAUUUGACGAACUGUAUGACAGACAAACAGAAAAAGACAGCGAAGAAGAUGAAGAUGAGCACAACAAAGGCAACAAAGAUGACAUUGAAGAUUCGGAGGAUGAAACUCUGUCUGAAGCUCCAACCACUAAAGAAACUAUAGUAUAGUCAUUAGUAAUAAGAUUAUCAUAAUAACAAAUACAUAUUGUACAUAUGAACUUUCACACGUGAUGUAACCGUCACAUGGCUCGAUGAUACUCAGCUAUCAGUGUACUUGAUUUGGUUGCAUGUCCUGGUGUAUACCAUAUCCACUGUGAGGUGAUUUUUUGCUAUUCUUGAAUUCUCAUUGAUAAUGUUAUCUAAGAUGUGAAUGUACUAUAUAAAAGAUAUGAAGGAAUGUAUGUUCUUCUAAACGUUACUCAGGAAAGUCUGUGUUUUAAAGAGGGAAUUAGAACAGCGUUUCUGAAUUCCCUAACAGGCUCCUACCUCACAGAGUAAAUAUGUUAUACCAAACACCA